AUGGUUGAUGACGUGAAGCUAUUACUCCCCGCCGUAGAGACUGUAUUCGUAAAGAAGGACGAGGUCCAUAAAGGCAAGCCUCUCAGGGAUGAAGUUUCUGCUGACCUCUCAAUUGUCAAAGCAGACAUUCAAGAGGUCAAGGAACAACUUUUUGUGGUGCAAGUUGUUGUACAAACCAACGCUGAGGCUAUCUCUGCUCUAACCAGCAAAGCCGAUGAAGCGAAUGCUCAGCUUGCCAAGCAUGGUAAGCUAUUGCAGCAGAUACUGGAGCUCCUUCAACGUCCAGUAGUAGCUCCUACACCCUCCUUCACAGCAACAGAUCGAAUCCAGCUGGACCAGACUCUUGAUGGCGGUCUUCUUCAAGCCAGAUCACUGAUCGCGCUUGAACAGCGAAUGAACAUCUUAGCACUAACUCUUGAUAACAUCUUUUCUAGUCAUGGUGAUGACGAAGAAGGGGAGAUAGAUUUAGAUGUUCUUGCUGCGGCUAUCACCACAACUGAAACUGAAGCUGACGCUCCUAGAGCUGAAGCUAAUGAAGUUGAGGUUGUUGAUGAAACCAUUAGAGCUAAUGUUGAAGCUCGUGACAAAGACCUUCCUGUCACCCCUACAACUGAUGCUGGUGAAAAGGAAGAUGAUGAUGAAGACGAUGACAACGAAGAUGACGAUGAUUUUUCUACCCAUCCUGACGCUGCAAAGGAUCUCGGUGGUGAUUAUGAUGAAGACGAUGAUGAUGACGACUUCACUAUUCAGUACCAGAAACCCGCCAGCGCUCUAAAAGGAGUCUGUCUCAGAGAUUCUGCAUCACAAGGGGUUAAACAGAAAGAAAAAGAUAUGGAGACUUCCGAAAAGAACUAG